CGUUUAAGUGUUGUCAUCUCUGUUAUGCGAAUAUGAGUAUUUACAGCAGCAGAAUUUGGCCUCGUGUUAAAGGCAAAUUUUCCCCCUUUUCCUUUCGUGGUUGUCUAGAUUGUCCUUCUUGAGUUGCCGUAGACUUGUGGCUGGUAUCUUAGCAACGCUGACUAACAAAUGUGAAAAACCACUGAGAUAUUGAGUAACCUGUAACUCUUGAAUUAGUUUGGCGGUAAUUAUCAACCGUGUUUUGUUUGUUUCGACCGAAAUUCACCUAUAGUGCUGACGAACGAUUUUGCACAAUUCAACUACCGCUGAUCCCUAACUAGCCGGUUGUUUGCCGUCAACGGACCCCUCGUGGUUGCAGCAUCCAGAAGAUGGACGGGAUGCGAAAUGUGGCGUCUUGUCGCAUUUAUGUGGAGAGGACCUUGGCACUGAUAAAACCAGAUGCAAUCCACAAAGCAGAGGAAAUCGAGGACAUUAUCCUCAAAUCUGGGUUCACUAUUUUGCAGAAACGGAGGCUGCAGCUAAGUCCACAGGAGUGUAGUGACUUCUACGCAGACCAGUUUGGACAGCCCUUCUUUCCCAGUUUGACUGCCUUCAUGAGCUCUGGUCCCAUUAUGGCCUUGACCCUGGCCUGCGACAAUGCCGUUGCCCACUGGAAGGCCAUCAUAGGGCCUGACAACAGUGCCAAGGCCAGAGAAACUCACCCACAAUGCCUGAGAGCAAGGUAUGGCACUUCUGAUCUACAUAAUGCGCUCCAUGGCAGCGAGACGCUCACUGCAGCUGAGAGGGAGAUCAAAUACAUCUUCCCAAACUCUGUAAUUGAGCCCAUUCCAAUGGGAGACGCAGCCAAAGAAUACCUGAGCAAGUAUGUGAACCCAACUCUACUCCGUGGACUCACUGAGCUCUGCAAGCUGAAGCCACUCAAUCCCUGUAUUGUGCUUGCUGACUGGCUGAUCAAAAACAACCCAAACAAGCCUCAGAUAUAUGAAGGAACCAUUGUGGAGGAAGCACAAUGA